GUCCUUCCCUUGCAAGUUCUUCCACAGAAGAGGAAAAUGUUUGCAGGGAGAAGAUUGCAAAUUUUCCCAUGAGCCUCUGAGUGACCUCACCAAGAGACUGUUGGAUGAGGCACUAAAACGAGAACAGGAACUUUAUGAACUGGCAAAGAAAGCUGAACGAGAGUCGUUGGAGCAGCCAGUGAAUACAGACGAGUCCAAAAAUAUAGAUGCAGAUGAACCCCCUGAUAUACUCUCUCAACCACUGAGGCCUAACUUUUAUCAGCAUGUAGAGACAAACGCUGAGAAUGAAUCCUCGUCGACGCAAUUGGAAAAAGAACCAACUGAAAACGUAAAGGAAGAAGAAAAAUCACAUUCGUCAGACGUUGCCCAACCUCCCAGUUCUCCAUCAACUUACUCCGAUCACAAGGAGCCAGUUUCUUAUUCAGUUGAAGCGGUGCUCGGACCUCAACUAUCAAAACCUUUCUCUCGUUUCUUCACAUCUACAAGAAGUCAAGAAUCUGCUCCCCAGCCUCCUUCUGACAGCACCCCGGUGUCCGCAUACCAAAGCUUGAUUCCCUACUCUGUUGAAGCUGUUCUCAAGUCUUUCAAACCAGUCGAAACACCCAAUCCUCCUCCUGCACAAACUUUAUCCUAUACACCAAAAGCCAACUUGGCAGAAAGCGCUUAUUCUCCGUUAAUCUCGGAUAUACAAAAUAAGAAGGGUCUGGUAUUCAGUAAAUGAAGGAAACAAAUCCCAGGACAAAAUGUUCAAGAGCCUGCCAUCCCUCCAAACACACACAGGUCUGACUUCAAAGGCACUUCCUGAUCUUAUUCUGGACUCUGAGGAUCACAAGACACAAGUUUUGAAUAUGCAAGAAUCCCCGAAACCUGUUCAUGAAGUCAAAUCUGAGUCGUUUCAUUCUCAGAAGUUUUUUUUCUCCAAUAGCAAAGGAGACGUCAAAGAAAGUGUGCAUCUAUCUACAGAAAACAAACCCUCUGUAAACUGUAAAAGUAUUUUUCAAGUGGCACCCGAUAAGCCCAGAACAGUUUUUCCAAGUGCCUCUAGUCUAUCUUCUGAAAAUCAGAUGAAGCCAAAUCUCUUUGCUCUCACGUCUGACUCGGGAGCUUCUUUUAAGCCGUAUGGUUUUCCCACAGGUUUCACAAAGUUCUCAAGUAGAGCUGCUGUUCAUACCAAACCAGUCUCCAUCUCUGUCAAGUCAAGUGAAUCUGCCGACCCUGCCAGUCACCUCGCAGCCAAACGACCCCCCGCGAGCGACCCGGCACGCUGCAGCAGUAACGGGCCGCAGGUUGGUCGUCUGGCAGGUGGAUGUAAACCGGCCCUGAGAACAUCCUUUCAUAACCUCUUUGCAAGCCCGAUCACUGACUCCAUGAAGCCUAAAAGUGAUUCUGUAACAACUUCCACUUCUCCUAAAGGCUCGAUUCAAUCUCCUGGUCCUGAUCUAAAGUCGGCAUGUUUGAAAAGUAAUCCUCUUCUUACUGUGGUUAACCCUGACAAAGCCCCCACUCUGUCCUUUGUCAGCCUUUUUGAAGCGCCUCUCAAUGACGCUCCUCUCCCAGGAGUAUCCACACCAAAUUAUCCAAAGACUUCCUCUGCUUCAGAAAAGACAGUCCAGACGGUCGAUGAUUUGAAAGAAAUCUCUCGUAAGCCAAAAUUCCUUAAAAUCUCCUCGAAACCUAAAAUAGAAAAUGAAGGCACUUCAGCUGAACGUAAAAAUCUGAUUAUGAAUCCCGCCUGUGGCCUUGUACCUGGUUCCGUCAGCGAGUGGUCUUCCAGUCCAACUCCUUGUAUUACGAGUGAAACUACAACCCGUGCUGAUCAUCAAAUGCCUGAAAUGUCACUCGGUAAAGAUGUCCCUGCAAGUUCAAUUCUGAAGACUCUGUUUCUGCACUUGAGCCCGUACCACCAGAAUGAAGAGCAACAGGACAGUGUUCAGAUCGGAAAUGAAACUAAGGACAAAAUGAAUAUAGAGGUCUUGGAGAAGCAACAGAAGAAGAGAAAGGCAAAGGGCAGGAGAUGGUAGGCCAUCAGCUGGGAAAGAGCACAGCAACCUAUCCGAGUGGAAGUACACCACAGACCACUGAGACAACAGAACAGCAGUCCUCUCAUCACAUCUCCCCGCAGGCAGCAGGUGUGUCCACCCUCAGCACUCCAGGAUUAUAUCAGUUGAGAGACUCUGGAAAGCACAACUUCCCAUUGAAAACGCUGACGCAGCAUCACAUCGGAUGACAUCAGAGGAAGGACGGGCGAAUGAGAACAUGGUGACCUAACCACUCAUGGAGCUUUUUAAGACUUUAGACACCAAAGUUAUUAAACUCCGGGAGUUUUUGGUGUAAAAUCAAACAAAAGUACAGAUGAAUAUUAUAUUGAAUCAUGAAAACAUGCACAGGCAUAAUAAAACUUCACUAUGUUUAUUUAAAAUCAACAAACUGUAUGAGCCACCAGGAUUGUAUCUUGUGAAUUGUUUUUUGUUUAUUAUAGAACAUGAACAUUUUGUUUGUUUUCUGUCAUCAGAGAAGAAAACUGUCUGUACACAGAUGUGUGUAUCAAUGCAAGAGAGAGCAAAACACUCGUAAUAUGUUCUGCCUAAUUUAAACCUGCACUGUGGUGUGUGUCUCUACAUUUAGAGGUGCAUCAAACAUUGUGCACUCCUUCUUUAAUAUCCGAUCUCCAAUGAGGAAAAUCUCCUGCAAUAGUCACAGGCCAGGUUUGAGAUGUGUGCUGGUCUCUAGAGUAAAACAAAAAAGGACUCAACUCAAGGUUUUCUUUCAAUGCCAUCUUUUACAGAAGAUAGAAGUUGGACAAUGACAAAUGAGACAUUUUAUCAACACAUCACAAAUUCUAUAGUCUGUAUAGAGAUUUUAUUCCCAUGAACAUUAAAGAUAUACAUUUACAGUACAUGUUUCUAUGACUUAUUAACACGAUCAGAUGCUAUAAAAAAGAAAGCAGCCUCAGCUUGUGAGAGGGGUGAGUAAAAGUAAGGUAUGAAGGGUAUUCAAUCAGAAGCAUUACACUCAAGUUUAAAUUGUAAGUGUCUGUGUACAGUAUCAUUUAGGAAACUCAAACAGUUCUGAGCAGCAACAUGCUCGUUGCAGAGUUAAAUUAUUAAACAUUCUGAUUUGAUUAA